GUUUAUCAUCUCUUCCACUUGAGAGAUCCUUAUCGACGUCCGAGUGCUCUGUGCUUCUCAUCAACAUCGUUGCCUCUGCAAUCUAUCUCAUCAUACUCUAGGCCCUCUUGCGACGUCCUUGCUCGGAUCCGUUUAUAUCUCUCUCUCUCUCUCUCUCGCGUCCUCUUUCAUCAUGGGUCACGGAGGUUCUGAUGUCCCAAUGAUUCGGAUCAGCUAUAACGACGUCCAUAAGGCCAUCCAGAGCACGGCCAAGCGAAUCAAGGAUGAGUUUGCUCCCACGCUCUUCAUUGCUAUAGGUGGAGGAGGUUUCAUUCCCGCUCGAAUCCUCAGGACCUUCUGCAAGGUCGAUUCGGACGGUGUCAAACGGAAUAUCCCAAUCCAAGCUGUCGGUUUGGUCUUGUACGAGUCGAUGGGCGGGAUUGCAGAAUCUGCAGGGACCGAGGUCGUUCGCACUCAAUGGCUCGACUUCUCAACGCUCGGAAAGGACUUGACCCACGGUGGAUUGCUCGGCCGACGUAUAUUGAUCGUCGACGAAGUCGAUGAUACCCGCACGACCUUGACAUACCUCAUCAAAGAACUGCAAUCUGAUAUCGACAAGCAGCUCGAAGCCGUCUCCGACGCUGAUGAACGUGAAAAGCUGAGGGAGUCGACCAAACUUGGCGUCUUUGUCGUGCAUAACAAACUCAAGCAGAAAGCUGGCGAGAUACCUUCAUCCGUCAAGUACUUUUCAGCGGUGGACACGCCAGACGUUUGGCUGGCUUAUCCUUGGGAAUGCGAUGGAGAUAUCGAAGAGCACGAUGCGAUGAGGUCGGAGAACACAAAGUUGUAGAGCUGUGGGGGCGAAGCGAGGCCGCAGAUCAUAGAGAGCUGGAGAGACAU